AUGGAUCUCCCGGUUUGCCCAUUUUGCCCGGUUUGCAAUCUAGAUUUGUCCAAUCACGAUCAACCAGCUGCAAAUCACCACGUGAACCGAUGCCUGGAUGGUGGCUAUGAUGCUGUGGCUGUGGCUGAUAAGCAGCUAGAGAACAACCAAGUACAAGACAAGCGAUUAUCCCCCUCGCCCACUCCUCCCCCGCCACCCGCGAAGAAGAAAAAGAUAUCUGCAUUCAACGUGCUCAUGUCAUCCAAUAACCCCGAAGAGAAGGCAGAUGCGGAGGCAGACGCACAAUCACAGCCACGCCAACCGCGCCAACCUCCUUUCUACAAGAUACUCCAAGGAAUGCCCAUCGCCGUUGACGCGUUCGCGUACUCGUCCAUCCCCAAUAUCACAGCCUACUUCCUCACACACGCCCACAGCGACCAUUAUCAGUCACUAUCCAAGAACUGGAGUGGUGGUCCGAUAUACUGCUCCGAGAUUACGGCCGAGCUCGUCCACCACAUAACAAGCGUCAAGCGAGAGUACCUCCGCCCGCUCUCACUCAACACUGCACACACCAUCCCAGGCACGAAUGGCGUCACCGCGACCCUUAUCGACGCAAACCACUGCCCCGGUUCUUGCAUUAUUGUCUUCGAGGGUAGGCAGACAGUCGAUGCUGCGCCAUCCACUUUCACUUCCCCGUGGAUCGGCAGCAGCCGCUCUUUCAAAUACCUCCAUUGCGGCGAUUUCAGGGCCAGUCCCAGACACAUACGCCAUCCCGCCAUCGCUCGGUCAAAAUUCGACAUUAUCUACUUAGACACCACCUACCUCAAUCCCACCUACUCCUUCCCUCCACAGCCACUCGUUAUUGAUGCCUGCCGCGACCUCGUCCUCGCGAAUUUACGGGGUGAGAUGCGAGUGAAUAGCCUGAUGCAGCCAAACAGCUCAAUGCUCGACAUGAUCAAGGGUGGCUGGAAGAAGCUGAGUGGUGCUCCUGAGCAAGAUGAGCAUGGUGAGUACGUGACAGAUGAAAAACCAUCCAGUGGUGAAAAUAAAAGUGAAAAUGAAAAUAUUCACCCACAUACUCUCCCCAACGAUGUCCUCGUUGUGGUCGGCACCUAUUCCAUCGGCAAGGAGCGGAUAGUAAAGGCGAUUGCUCAUGCCCUCAAUUCCAAAGUAUACGCCGAUAAGCGGCGACAAGCGCUUCUGCGCAACGAGCGCGACAGCGACCUCGAUGCUCUCCUCACUUCCGACCCUUACGCUGCUCAAGUGCACAUUCAGGGUCUGGGUGGGGUAACUAUUGCCGCGCUUCCCGACUACAUAUCCAGAUUCAACGGGCGCUUUUCGCGCGUAAUCGGCAUUAAGCCGACCGGCUGGACGUACAGCGGGGGCGGAAGGGGCGGCAAGAGCGAAAGCAGUAGUGGGAGUGGGUCGGCAAGUGAUAGCAAGUCGCCGUCCAUCGACCUCCUCCUUAAACAAGACCUCAGCAGGUGGGACACGUACACGCACAAACACAUUCACAGCACACGCGGCUCUAACGAUUACGUUAGCUGCUAUGGCGUACCUUACUCGGAACAUUCAUCUUUCACGGAACUCACUUGCUUCGCUCUCUCCAUUGACCACACGCGCAUCAUCGCCACUGUCAACAAUGCAAAGCCGGCGAGUCGCCUGCGAAUGAAAAAUUGGUUCGACGCUUGGUUGCUUGAGCGGAGGAAGAGAUGCGAAAGAGGUGAGUAUAGUGUUGAAGCACGCAGUGAAAACUUUUGGUAG